GCGGGGGAUGCUCUCGUCGACUUGGUUGACUACUGUGUCCGGAAGCUAAGGUACCUAGUCUGCACACCCAACGAUGAGCUCGUUCGGCAAGUCGCCUCUGCCAAGGAGUGCACGGAAUGGGACAACGUGCGGAUGUUGGAUGAGCAGUUCGUGGAAUGCGAGUUUCAGAUUUGCAUGUGCGUGAUCUCCAUCAUCCGCUUCCUCACCGACCAUCGUGUGGCAGUGCCCCUUGCGGUGACGACACGCCUGCUGGAAACCCACGACAUUCUUCUGCUUCUGGUCCCUCUCAUGGAGAAGGCUCCUUGGGUCCGAAGAAAUCGCAUCAACGGAAGGAUAGAGAAGUUCGAAGAGCACAAGUGGCAGGUCGUGGAG